AUGCUACCCGCACUUAAAUUCCCCCAAAGAAAUAUUGGCUUAUUCAAAGCCUCUGGGAAAUACACUCCGGUUUUACGUACUGCCGCUGAUCUCACGUGGAUUCAAAUCAAAGCCAACACAUGCGAUGUUGCUAUGGCUGAGCAAGGUCUCCCAAAACAGUCUGUCGCCAGUGUUAUUACAGCAGUCACUGGGGGGCAGUGCCCAGCUGAAUGUCUAUUCCAGUUGAAUUUACGAUGCAAAUUAUAUACGGUAUUUUUCUAUCUCAAUUUCCUGGUCGCCGGUUUGGUCGUUUUGGGUCCGCUCAUCUCAUUUCUGGCUUCGGUCAUGCCGUUGGUCGUGAAAGAGUAA